AUGUCUCGCCAGAACACCUCGAUAGUCCUGGCCGAGAGGCCAGAGGGCGACAUCGUCCCCGGCAAGACCUUUGCCGUCAAGACGGGCCCCGCGCCCACAGAGGCCGACCUCAAGGACGGCCAGAUCCUCGUCGAGGUGCUGUACCUCAGUCUCGACCCUACCAUGCGGAGUUACCUCAAAGAGGGCCGCUCCUACCUGCCCCCCGUCCAGAUCGGCGAGGUCAUGCGCGGGCCCUCGGCCUGCCGCGUGCUCGCCUCCCGCUCGCCCAAGGCCCGGGCCGGCGACCUCGUGCACGCCUACCCGGGCUGGACCGAGGUCGGCAUCGUCGGCGAGCGCUGGUUCGAGCGCGUCGAGCUGCCGCCCUCGGCCCGCGUCACCGACAUCUGCGGCGUCCUCGGUGUCACGGGCCUGACGGCCUACUACGGCAUGACCAAGAUCGCCGACCUCAAGCAGGGGGACACGGUGGUCGUCAGCGGCGCCGCGGGCGCCACGGGCUCCAUCGUCGGCCAGAUCGCGCGCAUCAUGGGCGCCGGCCGGCUCGUCGGCAUCGCGGGCACGGACGACAAGUGCCGCUGGCUCCGCGAGGAGCUGGGCUACGAUGUCGCGCUCAACUACAAGGACCCGGACUUCAAGAACCAGUUCUACGAGGCGACCAAGGGGUACAUCGAUGUGUACUGGGACAAUGUCGGCGGUGAGAUUCUCGACCUCGCGCUCGCCCAGGCCAAGGAGCACGCCCGCUUCGUCAUGUGCGGCGGCAUCAGCCAGUACAACGCCAAGGUCCCCCAGGGCCCCAAGAACUACCUGAAAAUCGUCACCAUGAGGAUCAAGAUGCAAGGGUUCAUCGUCCUCGACUACAUGAAGGAGAACGCCGCUGCCCAGAAGCAGCUGGCCCAGUGGCUCACCGAGGGCAAGCUCAAGAGGCAGGAGACCAUCGUCAAGGGCGGCGUGCGCGUGGCCGAGGAGACGCUGGUCGGGCUGUACAACGGAAUCAACACCGGCAAACUGCUGGUCGAGGUCAAGAACCCCGACGAGGCCUCGAAGCUAUAA